AUGGCUUGGUUCAGUUGGCUAUCGAAAACUGACCUCGAUCCUUGUCUUGUUUACGAGUACGCCCUCACCUUCACCCACAAUGAGCUCGGCCAGGACGACAUUGCCUACUUCAGCCACGAGUUCCUGCAGAGCAUGGGCAUCUCGAUAGCCAAACACCGGUUGGAGAUACUCAAGCUAGUGAGGAAGAACAAGGGGAUGAGGACCAUACACCCGAUUUUGUGGCUCAUGUUCGCAGUCAAGCAAACUAGGAAGUACGUGGUCAAACACAUUCAGGCACUGCUGCAUCACCAACGCUCGCCUCUUUUGGUCGUCCCGUCGAGAAACCACAGCCUCAGAUGGAAGGUGUCAAUGCUGCAGAGGAACAAGAGGCUGAGGGCUCCCCUGGGCGAGGCAGAGUGGCCGAAGAUAAGGAGUGACAGUCCCAGGUUCGUGUCUGACCCUGGGAUUUUGAUGCUGACAAACGAGAGCCCCAUGGCUGGCUCUCAAAGCUCAGGCUCAACUCAGAGCUCAAUUCGGGUCGAGUCUGACGCCAAUGCUGAGUCGGACCAUAUCAUGACAGCAGAAGCACUGGUUAACCCUUGGAACAGCAGCUUUUCAAGAACUACUAUACAUUCUCCAGAUAUGGAUUAUUGGUCGAGUAGCACAGAAAUCAAGUGGGAUUCGAUGUUCAAGAACUUGAAGCCAACGUGAAUGUAAGGUACCUUUCUACUGCAGCAGGACGUAGCUUUGGGCCUCUGAAACCGAUCCUCCUCUGUUGAAUUUCCCCCCUCCUGUAAUAAGAAAGAUCCAUGUAUGGCGAACCGAGUGGAAUAUAUGUAUAUCCAACAUUUUAUAUAUAUGUGUAACUUCAAGCUUCUCAUA